AUCCUUCUCAACUCAACACACCCCCACCGUAACGAUUAGCAGAUCCGCAUUCACCUCACACAGAUCGCACGCUGCUCUUCACGGGACUAUAAUUACCCACCUAGGCGCAAUCUGCAAUGGGGGGUGUGGGGGAGAGAGACGUGCUUGUAAUCUGCCUAACGCGAAGCUGAUCCCGUUCAAAUUCGACCUGGCUCACGGCCGAUGCGGUCUAGGGAGCGCAGCGCUGGGAGGGAAAUAACGGGGAAAAGGGAUUGCACAGCGCCGGGUCACAUGGACCACGCACUCGCGCACGCCCGGUUGGCUCAAGUGCCUCCUGGCGAACGUCUCCGGGAAGUUACCCAGCACUGGCUUGCUCCUCCUGCUGCUGCUGCUGCUCCACCACACAGCCAUUUACACUUGAGCGCUACGCCAGCGACUGCUGCUGCUGCUACUACUGCUGCUGCUGCUCCGUGGACUCCUCUGAAGGUGGCUUCGAUGUCCCCGACGCAGCAUCGCCAUGGAUUACUGUACACGGUGCACUGAGCGCGCGCCCCCCCCGACCCCCCCCAACAAGCAUGGCCAGCAGAGAAGGCGUCCGAGUCCCAUCGCCGUCCCGCCUGGGACCCGUGUUUGUGACGGCUCGUCCUGCCGUGCUCAAGUCCGCCAGCCAGCUGCUGCUCGAGCAAGAGCAGAGACGGGGAGCUGUCGCCUCCGCCGCCGCCGCCGCCGCCGCCGCAGCAGCAGCAGCCACGGCCACGGCCACCAAGAUGCGCAGCAAAGUGCAGCAGGUGCGCUUCAAGGACGUGUCGGACGUGAAGGUGGAGUGCCACGUGGAGGUCGAUUUGGGGGGGGGCGCGGCACAGCGGGCCGCCCCGAAGCUACCGGGCAUCCGUACGCAUGUUGCCACUCCACCUAUGCCUGUGUCUUCUUGCCCACUGCAGCUCGCUGAGCCCUCGAAGGCUCUCAAAUCGACGGCAAUUCAGACGUCCCCCUGGAUCAAGCGCCAGGCUCUGACGGUGCCGUCGAGACACGGGGUGAAGUCGACCAAAGUGUGCUCCAACUCUAUCCAGGUUGCAAUCGUGCACCACUCAGCCGAACGGCAGGUUGGAAUCGAGGAGAAUGUGUCCGUCCGCACGGAAAGCGAUGACUUCAAGCCCCCCGGCUGUCAGGAGCCAAAGCAGACGUCGCGACGUCUUAAUAACUUGUCAGAGAAGACUGAAAUUUCUGCAGGAUGCGGUCAAGCUGAUCAAAACGCCGUCAACUCGCCGCGUUCUAAAAACAAGCAGGCCUCCUCCGCUCAAAAUGAAAAAGGCACACAUGGGGUAGGGUCAGGUGGAACUGAAGAACACAUCAAACCAAGCAAAGAAUUACAUUCAGAAUCAGAUAAAGCCCUAUCUGUCGAUGCCGAGAAUGAUAAAAGGCAAACAACAGCAACAGAACUGGCAGUCGCUGUGCUUGAACAAAUCACAACACUCACAUCCCACAUGGCUCCCUCACAAACAAGAAUAGCAAGACAACCCAUAGAGCACCCGCUGAUAUUAUCAGAAGAACUGCUGAAUUUUCAAAAACUGUCUGCAGAAAAGUUAAUCAUUCAACACGACUUCAAGGUGGAAACUCCUGAAUCAUUAGCGAUUAAAGGAGAGGCCAAUAAUCUCUCGUCUCCAAAUAGAGUGGCUUUUGGCACGGGAAAUCGAUCACCCUGUAAGAAUGACUGUCCGCCGGAUCUGCGCAAGGAUCACAAUCUGAACGAGCUGAUUACAAUCGACAACGACGAGGACCCAAAGCACAAUCCAAGUCGACAAGCGAGAGGAAGUUUGAAAGACCAGUCAUCGACAGCCGGGGGGGAUAAUGUAACGCAGCAGCAGCAGCAGAGCCACCAGUCCACCGAGGAGAGACAAGGCAGCAAUAAAGACCUACAAGGCUCGUGGGAGGAGGUGGAGGAGCUACGCAAGAAACUGCGGACCCUGGAGGAGGUCCUCAGAGCCAGCCAGGAUACCAUCAAGUUGCUGCUCAGCGUCAUUCAGGAGCUCGAGCGCGUACAGGCCCACAAGGAAGGCAGAUCAUAUCGUUCUGGACAGGAUAUGACCAACUGUGAUGCUUGCCGCAAAAGUGCCUGCAUCAUAUACAGCGUCGAACACGACUUUAAGCAGCAGGAGGACAAGAUCCACAGGCAACUGAAGCCGAAGGAGACACCGUGCCCUGGUACCACUCCCCAGGAUGAGGUGGUCGACACUCAGCCACCGCCACCGCCCAGUCCUGAGGUCAAGGCACCAGAGUCCCCACCGAGCCCUGUUCAGCAGAAGGCCCUCAGGCCACUGGGCAAGAGGGAGAAAAAGGGCUGCUUCUGGUUUCUCUGACAGUGCUCUUUUUCUCGCACUGCUAUGGACACUCGUAAAAGCACAGGGAGGGCUCCAAUGAACCAGCAUUUUUUUGUUGACCUACUGUGUUUUGGGACGGACAGGAAGGAAAACCGCGUCCACUGAACACUGCCCAAAUGUGCGCAUACGGUAGUGCUGUAUGGAACAUUUUAUAACGGUACAAUGGCGGUUGAUCAUGAGCGUGGGAAGAAACGUACAGUGCGUUGUUGAUGGACAAACAAAAUACUUAUUGCAAUCUGUUAAGACUUCUCUUUCAACAUUCGGAAUAGGCCAUUGAUACCUGCUUGUAAUAAUAGGUGCAUUACAGAAUGGUUUAAACAGGAUUUAUUUUCUUGCCAAAAAAAGUAAGCAAAAACAACGGUAACAAAGUUGGCCAACUAAUGGCAUGCAUACCGUAUGAAUAUUUUCAUCGCACAGCACCUUGAAGAUGAAGUAGUGCCUAUCAAGCAUGACUGCUAGACUUUAACAUAGAUAAUGGUUAAUUUUAUAUGCGUAUAACAUUGUCACGAACAUGUCGCAUACGGAGUGAGACAUGACACCUAAUUUUUAGCCUGUUUACAAGUGUGCUGCCAUGGGUUACCUGCUGAGACCGAACUGGAGAGACAGCUCAGAAAACAAGGAAGGAAAGAAGCAAACUUUGAACCCUCCUGAUGGAUUUACACAGAGGUGCCAUUAUUUGGCAGCAUGCUCAGAUGUUCCCCACGUUUGCCAAGUAAUGCCACUGAAACGUCACGUCCCUGCCAUACGUGCCACUUACCCUCCCCAUUGCUCCUCCCACCCACCACCUUGCUUCACAAUCCCUGGACAUGCAACUGAUGUAAAUGCAAAACCUCUUGUGAAUUUGUGUUUAUUGCGUGAAGUGUUUGGACUGCAACAGGAUGGUGUGAAUAUUUUUGCCACGGAAAUAUUUUGUCAAUGAAAUAUCAUCUCAUUAUGAAUAUGAUAUUACAAUACCGUACCAUAAUAAAUCAUUGCAACUUAACAAAUAGACUUUAUUGUGUCCACAACGUUUUGUCGGCAUAUUUAAUUAUACUUAUUUAUUGUCGUAUGACAAUCACGCUAAAAUGAAACGGUAUAUAAUUAUUUAUUGUUUUUAAAAAAUACAAAUCACCCAUAGUUUAACAAAACUAUAUUUAAAAUUGUGAAAGUAUUUAUUUAUUAUUGACUUGCUUUUUAAAACUUGUACUGUUGUUGCGUGAAAAAAAUAUAUAUACUGUAAUCAAGAACAUAAAAUAUCACCUCGUUUAUAUAUUGCCAUUAAAUUAUACAUUAUUCAUUGUAACAUGCAGUGAAUUAUAAAUUAUAGUAAAUUUUCCAUACAAAGUUUGGAGUAAUUUGUUUUUUUUUCUUCCCAAAUGUGUUUUGUCACUUCAGUGAUUUCUCAUGCUGAUGGGUCAUAGACAAACUUCAAGUUGGAGCUUAAGUUAAAAUUAUUAGUGGUACACUAACUUGCUACAUUAGUUAUCGGGAGCCCGCCGCUUGGGUUUGUCGUCUGAGAGAAGGUAGGUCCUAAAGGUAGGUUAAGGUGCAGCUCUGUGAUUGCUUGCUUGUGCCGUUGUGCUGGCAGAAUGGUCUCCACUAGAGAAAGCUCUAGAGGGAAGUUGGCCUACUCUCCUACGCUGGCCAGAUGUCUUGGAAGAGGUGGGAUUGCCCACUUUAUCUUCAGGGCCUUUGGGAAUAACACUUCAAAUGUCUGUAUGAGGGUUCAUCUAUAUAAAAUAAAUCUCAAAAUCAAGCCUAUAUACAAAAUAUCAGAUAAUCCCAAGAAAAAAUGUGUUCCAAUUCUCUCCGCAAAGGGAAGUGACGUUACUAACAUGACAUCAAUUCUGCUGUUUUCCACCAAACUGGUGUCACGUGGUGUCGAGUGAUGUGACGUGUGUGAACGUGAUAAUACAUUAAUUCCUAACAACAUAAAUGACGUGAAAAUCACGAGAAAAAAAACGAAAAUAUUAAUUCCAAAAUGUUUUAAUUUCAAACUCAUCCCAGAUUUUCUUGUAUAUUUGUUAACCGUGAAUGUUCCAAUUUGAAACACUAGUUUAUAAUUUGGAUUAUGACGUGAUAUUUGGAGACUUAAUGUGAAAUGUUAUUAACUAUGAACCAAUUUAUACUGAUUAAGAAAAUAUAUUACUCAUGAAAAAGCUAAAAUCUUUUCAAUCGAGCAGUUUGUACUUAAUAAUAACAUGAAGAAAAUGGAACUGGUUAAAAAGAUCAAUUAUUUUUGGAUGGGGAAAUAUUUAUAAUAUCUUUACGAAUCACACCAACUAAAACUGUUAAUGAAGUGUGAACAGUGCAAAGCGAAACAUUUCUAUUCCAGACGUUCCAUGAUUACCAUAAGCUGUUAGGUUUCUACACACCCCGCCAGGAAUGUAAUGCUGCAAAUUAGCAAGCUAAUCUGGGUUUGAAACAUGCUCAGGUGGACUUGUGUGACAUUACCUGCGCGUAGAACGGUCACAAAUUGUGUUAGUGGAAUAAUAGAGACCUGGUUUUUACACGCUGACAUGAAUUACGCGCUGCCAAAUUAUACAUGUCAACGCCGCGACCGCACAUUUAU